GGAUCCGCCGCCGCCGCAUUUGCGCCUGCGCGGGUCGCCGACUUCCGGGGCGCGCGGCUGCCGCCUCGGCCCGCCCGGUCCCGCUCCGGUCCGGUCCCCGUCGGGCGGCGGCGAGCAGGAUGCCGGGGCGGCGGGGAGAGAGACUACAAGCAAAUGAAAACUUCCUUCUGCAGAACUGAGGUGAAGAACUUCACCAUGGGUCAACAAAUUUCAAGCCACACACAAACUGUCAUUAACAAGUUGCCAGAAAAAGUAGCAAAGCAUGCCUCUUUGGUUCAAGAAAGUGGUUUCCUAACUUAUGAAGAGUUUCUGGGAAGAGUAGCUGAACUUAAUGAUGUUACUGCAAAAUUGGCUUCUGGACAGGACAAACAUCUGUUAUUUGAAGUGCAGCCUGGUUCUGAUUCUUCUGCUUUCUGGAAGGUGGUCGUUCGGAUAAUAUGUACUAAAAUAAAUAAAACAAGUGGCAUUGUGGAAGCUUCCAGAAUCUUGAACUUGUAUCAGUUCAUUCAACUUUAUAAAGACAUCACCAGUCAAGCAGCAGGAGUUCUUGCACAGAGUGGUACUUCUGAAGAAGCUUCUGAGAGUUUGAUGUCCCUGUCAUCUUGUCAGGCCAGCUUGUGGAUGGGAAGGGUUAAACAGUUGACAGAUGAAGAGGAAUGUUGCAUCUGCAUGGAUGGGCGUGCUGAUUUAAUCUUGCCAUGCGCUCACAGUUUCUGCCAGAAGUGCAUUGAUAAAUGGAGUGAUCGUCACAGAAGCUGUCCUGUCUGCCGUCGGCAAGUGACUGGGGCGAGUGAUUCUUGGGUGGUCUCAGAUGCACCUACAGAAGAUGAUGUUGCUACUUAUAUACUUAACAUGGUAGAUGAGGCGGGCCAGCCUCACAGACCCUAACACUGGCCAGCAAGCUGAUAAUAGCAGAUGCACUUGAAGCUUUUGUUUUCACGAACAUCUGUUUUUACCUCUGGCUUCUGUUCUUCCAGACUUGUCUUUAACUUCUCCUCUUGGCUGCUGUGAAUCCACACUGCUCUUAAAACACAGGGUGUAUGAGCCAGUGUAUGUGUGUGCAGUCUUAGUUAUUAACAUGUACUUCCAGUAAACUCUUUGAUCAUUAAUAUUUAAUUUAACAACUACUUUUGAUAUUAAUUAACAGUUCGACUACUAGAUGAAGCGAUUUAUAACAGCACAACUACAACUGCUAACUGCUGUUUGAACAUUGCAGUGCACUGCUACAGAAGGUGAACCACGUCAGAUGGCUUCACCUCAGUUUUCUGUAACAGCACUCCCUUGUACUUUAUGGCAAAUAGAUGAUGAGUUAGCACUAGUGAUUAUUAAUUCGAAAUUUUACUGCUGAAACUUGAAGAUGUCCCACUGCCUGUUCUUCAGCAGCCAGUUACUGCUGCUUUUAGUGUUUACAGAUACUGAUUUGAAUCUGAUCUGUUCUGAGUUUUAGUAGUAAUUAUUUUAAAUCUGUUUUGGAGAGCAUAGGCAGCUCUGUAAAUGUACUUGUGCACUCCCCUUUAUUUGUCUAACAAGAUUCUCUGAGAAUAUUUUUUAAAAAUACGAUAUUUAGCAUAGUCUUAGUAGCUUGGAAACAUUAAACAGUUUCUUACACAAUCCUAAAAAAAGUAAAUCAGUUUCUUUAUAGUUUUUUGAUCAAGAAUGGCCAAAAUUUUUUUUAAACAUUAGGCAUAUCUGAAAAGAAUGACUUUAUUUGAAUUAGCAGUUGAGGUGUGGUUUAGUCUGAUGCUGUGGCUUUAUCUGCUUCUCUUGAGUUUUUGAAGUGAUGAAAUCAGAGUUAUAAGGUGAUAAUCUAAGUAAGGGUGCUGUGCUUUAUAUCUACAAGUGCAAUAUGCUUUUAUGUAGCAGAGAGAAACUUCUACUUUACUAAUGUUGCUUGCAGCGAGAUGUGCAUGUGAGAUCUUGGGAAAAGGGAUAUCACAACUGGAGUGCAACAGUUUCUGUGUCUAGCAGAGUAAAAUCUUUCAAGAGCUGAGUUUGGAGAGUCUAAAAUAAAUUGUUGGUAUUCAGGAAACCCAUCUUAAGUCUCUUUUGCAUAAAUAGUGUUAUGGAAAUCAACUGCUAUUGUAGAGAAUUAUUUUUUUUAAUAUAUAUUAACAAAUACUCUGUUAACUUGAGUCCAUUAAGUGAGAAAUACUCAAGUGCAGCAUUUGAGGGAAUAUCAGCAUAAAUCUUGCUUACUGUAAGACUGCAUUUUUAAUUACCAUACUUGUUAAAAUUCUGUGAUGCCAUAAGGCGAAGGCCUUUUGUCACAGACAGUAGAAGGCGUGUGCCCACGUAGAUAUGCGCAUUUGGGUUAUUUUUUGUAAUUGGCUACAACAUCAUUUCAUUACAUUGGGGACCAGAUCCUGGGAAUUUCUUGUUCAUACGUCCAUUAAGGAACACGCAUAGCAUACGGCACCCAUUCGAGCUUGGCUUAUGGCACGGUUGUCAAAUUUAUCAUAGACAUUAAGACAGAUAAGGAACAUACUGUUGUGUGCAUCAUCUAAAAGCCAGUAUGGCUUAAUGUCUAAAUCUGUGUUUAACUAUUGAAAAAUCCAUUUAUGAAUGUAUAUAGCUUAGAACUACCCUUUUUCCUGCGGCAAUCCUUUGAUACCAGUGAGAGAUACUUCUGAAAAUGUAUGCACUGUUUGGUUGCGUAAAGGCAGUUAUUAUUUGGGCUGAAAAUUGUUAAUGGUCAGGGAUUUUCCAGUAAGAUAUUUGCAAAUAUCCCUAAUCACAUACCAGUUGGAUUUCUUUUUGCUUUUUGAGCUUGCAUCAGUCCAUUUUCAGAACUUUAAAAUAAACUUUGAAUUUUUUAAACUUUUUAUAUCACUGGAACAGAAAGAGCAUCUAAAUUAAAGCUUCAAGCUAACUUUAUUUUUCAAGUAUUUCAAGAAUUAUACUUCUGAACUGAGAUUUUAUAAGUUGACUUUCUGCUGAGAACUUACAUGAACUUCUUAAAAUGUAAUUUUGUAAUGAUGCAAACAGGUUGUUAAUUGCAGCAUAAUGACACUUGCAAUUACAAUAUAAACUACUGCAAAAAUUAUUUAAAUAGUGAAAAAGUAAACUUUGUAUUCUGUACAGCUUUUUUACUUAAGUUGCUGUAAUGCACACUGCUGUGAUGUAGGUACUGUAAUGUGUGCCUUGUAAAAUAUAUGUACUGUAUGUUAUAUGGGAUAGUAGGUACAUUAACACUAAAAAACCUAUUAGUUUGGUACUGGCUGUUGUUACCUAGUCUGAAGUGCUACAUUUAGCAAACCGUUUUGGGAAAGGAAAAGGAAUCGCAUUGGCAGGGACAUGGCAGUGGGUACCAGAAGCAAGACCUUGAAAAUGUGAAUUACUACAAACAGCUGUUGGGGGCGGGGGCAUUAGAACAAACUAAACUUCCUUGCCUAAGUGAAGAUUUCUUGCAGGCUUAAUGUGAAAUUGUAAUUUAAACAUUACAGAUUGUAUUAAUAGCUAAGGGCAUUCCAGGAUAUUAAAUUUUGUGUAUGAAUUGUGCAAUAAAGUUACUUUGGAAGAACUGUCAAAGUUCUUUUAAGCUUAA